CAGAGCAGGACGGUGCAUGGGGGUGCGGGGCUCUUAAAGGGCCAGCGCCGUGAAGCGGGGGGGGGCAGUCCCGUGGCACCCCCAUGCCGUGGUCUGCGAGCCGGGCGGCUGGCCGGCUGGCCCGGGGGGUGACGGCCAGGAGGGCGGCCGUGGCCCUGACGGUGGCGGCCCUGGGUGCCCGGAAACUGUACCCCCUGCUGCGCCGGGCCACCGCAGGCUCCCGGCCCGUGGCCCCGGGGCCCGUGGGCGCCUCGACCGGCACGGAGCCCGGGGCCACCAGCACUGAGCCCAGGGCCACUGGCACGGAGCCCGGGGCCGACUCGGGGAGCGCAGAGCCCGGGCCUGACUCGGGCCACGGCCGGCCCGUGGCUCAGUGGCCGGAAGAAGAUGCCGCGCCCGGCGUCAACCGGGCUUUCCUGCGACGGCUACUACGUCUGCUGCGGCUCCUGUUCCCCGGCCCGCUGUGCCCGGAGACGGGGCUGCUGGCCCUGCACUCGGCCGCCCUGGCCAGCCGCACCUUCCUCUCGGUCUACGUGGCCCGGCUGGACGGGCGCCUGGCCCGCUCCAUCGUCCGCAAGAGCCCCCGGCGCUUCGCCUGGCUGCUGCUCCAGUGGCUGCUCAUCGCCGUGCCCGCCACCUUCGUCAACAGCGCCAUCCGCUACCUGGAGGGCCGGCUGGGCCUGGCCUUCCGCGGCCGCCUGGUGGCCCACGCCUACGGGCUCUACUUCCGCGCCCAGACCUACUACCGCGUCAGCACCAUGGACGGGCGCCUGCGGGCGCCAGACCAGUCGCUCACCGAGGACCUGGUGGCCUUCGCCGGCUCCGUGGCCCACCUCUACUCCAACCUGACCAAGCCGGUGCUGGACGUGGCCGUCACCUCCUACGCCCUGCUGGGGGCGGCCCGGGCCAAGGGGGCCGGCACGGCCUGGCCCUCGGCCAUCGCCGGCCUGGUGGUCGGCCUGACGGCCAAGGUGCUGCGGGGCUGCUCGCCCCGCUUCGGGGAGCUGGUGGCCGAGGAGGCCCGGCGCAAGGGGGAGCUGCGGUACAUGCACGCCCGGGUGGUGGCCAACGCCGAGGAGAUCGCCUUCUACGGAGGGCACCAGGUGCCGGGGCAUGGG